CUCACAAAGGAAGGGGGAGCAGCAACAUCUAGUCUAGAAAUAAAAAGGAAAUUCAAUGACAUAAAUACCCCUUUUUCACUUGAAAUCGAAAUUCUCUGUAUUUCCCUUCUCAACCCUCGCCGCUACGCCUGGCCUCUUUCUGAUUUCCCAAUCCCACCCCUCGCCCCAGCCCCAAUUUUUAUCUUUUCCUUCUUGCCCUUCAUCCCAAUUCUUCUUUGCUUUUUCCGAUCUUCUCCUUCUCCCUCCAUUACCCGCCAACUCUUCAUCUUUUUGAAUUCUCGUUACCUUCUCCUUCUCAAUUCUUCUCGUUUACUCAGGCCGAGGAAGAAGAAUGUGGCAUAACGGAGCAAAACCCUAGUGCCCCUUUGGAUUCCGCUCGCUCUAGUUACUGCACUUGUCGUUUCCUCCAGUUUUGAUCCCUACCCAGUUCGCUUUCUCAAGCUGUUUGCUCUUUCGGAGGUGGGUUCCGGCUGCAAUAUUGAGGAUGAACUGUUUCAUGCUAAGGUUCUCGUUUGUUGCUGCGUCUGCGCGCUCGUGUGUUUGUGUCUUCGUCCGUGGUUUUCAUUGUUUGGAAUUCUGCGUUCCUAUCACUUCAAUUUCCUUUCUGCUGCUUUCUUCAUUACUUCAUUACCAGUUCUCUUUUUUUGUUAGUCCAAGAUGAGUGUUCUUUGUCCUUCGUCUUUCAACUGGUUCUUUUGUUGUUGUUGUCGUUGAGAACUCAAUUGGUUGUUUGAUUAGGUUGCCGAUUCUUCUAUGCGGAAUUUCAAAGCUUACUGCUAUCGGCGGUCAUUUGUGCACCCGAUUCAACAGAUGAAAGUGACGGCCCCGGCUUUGGGUCGAGCUAGCUAUCAGUUUUUGCUUCUAUAGGUACGUUUGCGUAAACCCUGUGGGAACUGAAAUUCUUAGGCUUGUGAAUCGCAGUGGUCGCACAAAGAAAUGGCUUUUCCAUGAUCCUUGAACCCCGCAAUGCAGAUUUUUCUAAGAUGGCUUCAUCAAUGCUAUGAAUUUGCGAAUUCAACUUUCAUUAGUCAUAGUGAAGGACCUUCAUCAAUUAAGGAUUUUCAGUCUACUCGUGGAAGAUGUAAGGUUUACCUAGUUUGUGUCUUUUGCUUUUGGUUUGCAGGUAGAGUACUGGUGGACAAUUAAUUCACUACUCCAAUCAGCAAAACCGUAGUUCUUUCUCGGGGAGUAUAAUCGUCAAAGUUGUCAGCAUACUGGAAUUAACCUUUUCAGAUGGCUGACCAUGAAGUUGUACUCGUACAGAAUCAGAAUGAAGGGCUUAGGGAGAAUCAACAACUGGUUUUAGGCCAUAAUCAUGGUCUGGAUCUGACCCAGAGUCAUCAUAAUCUGAUGGGCCAAGGACAUGAACAUCAUCACCUGGAUCUGGGACAGUCUCAAGAUCAUGAUGAACUGGGGUUAAGUCAUCACCGUGAUCAUGAAUUGGGAUUGGAACAGACCAAUGACCAUGAUGAAGCAGAUUCUGUUCACAGCUAUGGGCAUGAAAAUGAGUUAGGAGGCAUUGACCGGAAGCCCGAGCCAGUUGGGCAUGAGCUAGCACUUCCUGUUCAAGGUCAUGAACUGGUUUUGUCAGAAAACAACAACGAAUCCCCUGUUUCUGAUGAUGAUCAAGAACUUGUUGCCCACUUGGAACUUGCUGUGCAAGAAGGCGACGAGGAAAUAGGGCUGGAAGAACAUAGUGAUGAUUUGUCAAUGGACCAGUCCCUUGUUCUCCAUACACAUGUUAUUCAAGCCCGCACAGUUCUUGCAGGCCCUAGUUACGAGUUAAAAGUGGGGCAAGAGUUCCCAGAUGUGAUCAGCUGCCGCAGGGCACUGAGGGACACAGCAAUUGCCCUUCAUUUUGAAAUCCAAACCAUCAAAUCAGACAAAAGCCGAUUCACAGCUAAGUGUGCAACUGACGGAUGCCCCUGGCGGAUACACGCUGCAAAACUCCCUGGUGUCCCUACUUUCACCAUCAGAACAAUACAUGAAUCUCACACCUGUGGUGGAAUCUCUCAUCUUGGUCAUCAACAAGCCUCUGUUGAGUGGGUUGCAAGCUCUGUGGAGCAACGACUUAGGGAAAACCCUAAUUACAAACCUAAGGAGAUUCUGGAAGACAUUCAUCGCACUCAUGGGAUCACUUUAUCAUACAAGCAGGCAUGGAGAGGGAAAGAGCGUAUCAUGGCUGCCAUGCGCGGCUCCUUUGAAGAAGGAUAUCGAUUGCUCCCACAAUACUGUGACCAGGUGAAAAGAACCAACCCUGGAAGUAUUGCAGCUGUGUAUGGGAACCUGACUGAUAACUGCUUCCAGCGUCUCUUCAUAUCAUUCCAGGCUUCAAUCUAUGGGUUUUUGAAUGGCUGCAGGCCUCUCCUCGGACUCGAUAGAACAUAUCUGAAGAGCAAGUACCUGGGCACGUUCCUUCUUGCUACUGGCUUUGAUGGAGAUGGUGCUCUCUUUCCGUUGGCCUUUGGUGUGGUUGAUGAGGAGAACGAUGAUAACUGGAUGUGGUUUCUCUCUGAACUUCAUAACCUUCUCGAGGUGAACACUGAAAACAUGCCCAGGCUUACAAUUUUGUCAGACAGGCGAAAGGGCAUUGUUGACGGAGUUGAAGCCAACUUCCCAACUGCUUUCCAUGGAUUCUGCAUGCGCCACCUGAGCGAAAGCUUCAGGAAGGAGUUCAACAACACAAUGCUGGUCAACCUUUUAUGGGAAGGUGCUCACGCUCUAACCGUGAUUGAAUUCGAAGCCAAAAUCAUCGAGAUUGAGCAGAUAUCACAAGAUGCAGCAUACUGGAUACGCAGAAUACCGCCAAGGCUAUGGGCCACAGCUUACUUCGAAGGAACCCGAUUUGGUCAUUUGACUGCGAAUAUUGUGGAGUCAUUGAACACUUGGAUUCUCGAGGCCUCGGGGCUUCCUAUAGUCCAGAUGAUGGAAUGCAUAAGGAGACAGCUAAUGACGUGGUUCAACGAAAGACGCGAGAACAGCAUGCAGUGGACCUCCAUACUCGUGCCUUCUGCCGAGAGGAGUGUUGCUGAGGCUCUCGAGCGUGCGAGAAGCUAUCAGGUGCUGCGAGCAAAUGAAGCUGAGUUUGAGGUUAUAUCUCACGAGGGGACGAAUAUAGUGGACAUACGAAACCGGUGCUGCCUUUGUCGGGGCUGGCAGAUCCAUGGCUUGCCAUGUGCGCAUGCUGUGGCGGCGCUUCUCUCAUGCAGGCAGAACGUGCAUCGUUUCACAGAGAGCUGCUUCACCGUGGCGACUUAUAGGAAGACGUACUCCCAGACCAUACACCCGAUACCGGAUAAGAUGGUGUGGAAGGAGCUGGCAGAUGCUGAUCCCAAUUCGGGCACUGCGGUUGAGAUUGUGAUCAACCCGCCCAAGUCGCUUAGACCGCCAGGUAGGCCGAGGAAGAAGAGGGUGCGGGCUGAAGACCGUGGGCGGGUCAAGCGGGUGGUGCAUUGCAGCAGGUGCAACCAGACGGGUCAUUUCAGGACAACGUGUGCAGCGCCCAUAUAGUAUAGUAGGUAAUCUCUAUCGACUGUGAAUUGAGGGUCUUUAAGCAGAUUUGGUUGGAAGGAGUCUUGUAAUCGAACUUAUUUAUAGUGUGUGCAAAGAGUGGCUUCUAUUCUUUUAGUAGAGUUCUUACUGUGGGAUGAAAUUUUCUAAGUAAUUAAUAGUAGCUAGCGAGUAGAAGUUGCCGGAGGUGGGGUUUCAUUCAAUUCUGCCACUUGAUUCAGCAGCAUUUCUGGUGCUUUUAAGAGAUAAGUUAUUGGGCCACUGCAAUAAAACCGAAGUUUAUGA